GGGCGGGGCGCGCAGGCGCAGCCGUGACGUCGUGCUCAGCCGCCGAGCUCCGCGAUCGUUUCGUGCCCGGUAGCGUUGGGCGCCGCCCGGGCCGCGCCGCAGCGGGCCGGUGAGUACCGCGGGGCCUCCCCGCUCCCCCUCCCGUCGCGCCCGCCUCCUCCCCGGGCUGCCGGCCGCUUCCCCGCCCCCGGUAGCCGUAGGGCCGCGGAGCCCCGGCUGCGCUCUGCCCCGGGACCGCCUCCGUGCCCCCGCCCGCCGCCUCACGGCGCGGCCUCUCCCCGGCGCCCGGAGCCCCGCCGGCCUGCGGCCUCCGCCCCGCCGCUCCCGGCCCUGCCCUCCGCCCGCGGCGGUGGCGCGGCACGGCGAGGCGGGAGCCGCUUCUUCCUGGGCCCGGGCAGAGCGCCGAUCGCCUCCGCACGGCGUCUCCCUCAGUCCGCCGCGUCCCUCCGUGCGCGCGGGGCCGCAGAGCAAUAGCGUGGCUGGGGGGAAGGGGCCUUACGGCCCACCCGGUUCCACCCCGUCCGUAGGCAGGCACGCUCGGUAGCGGCCCGGUGGGACUGCCCAGGGCCCCUUCCGGCCCGGCCUUGGGCUCCUCCAGGGAUGGGGCGCCCGCAGCCCUCUGGGCAGCUGUGCCAGUGCAUCGCUGCCCUCCGAGUGAAGAAUUUUCUCCUUAUACUUAAUCCAAAUCUCCCCUCUUUUAGUUUAAGACCGUUACCGUUCAGUCGCUCUCCGUCCUUGUGCGAGUCCCUCCCCAGCUUUCCUGUGGCCGCCUUAGGUACUGGAAAGCCCCAGUGAAGUCUCCCAGAGCCUUCUCUUCUCCAGGCUGACCGAGCCCAGCUCUUGCGGCCCCUCCUCGAGCCCUCGGCCUCCGUGUGGCUUCCCCUCGACAGCUCUGUGCCCUUCUGGUGCUGGGAGCCCGGAGCUGCUUUGGAGGGUUGGGUGGUGCUGCCUGGGGAAUUUGGGCACGGCGGCUGGAUGGUGGGCUAACAGAGUGCAGCCACGCUGCUGAGCGCUGCGAGGGUGGGGAGGCUUUGUGUUUGAGGAGCGGACGCCAGCAGGCUCGCAUCUGGAGCUGGGGCUCUCCUCGUGCUGACGGUACUUCUGAGAGCACCUCGAUGACUUCGGUUUUUCAAAGCCCGUGUCAGGGUUUGGUUCUGGGGGCCUGUCAGUGAGCAGAAGUUGAAGCCCGCUCCCUGGCUGCAGAGCCCCGGCCCACGUGCUGCCGCCUCGUCCGGAGUGAAAUUCCUCCUCGAAACACACUUCCUCGCACAGCGUUCUCCGGUGCUGGUGAUGUAAUGGGCUGUGCUGGCAGGUGUUCAGCCUGACUGCUGCUAAGCAGCUCCAAAUUAUCCAAGUGAAACGCGUUAAUCCCAAGUUAUUGCAGCUGAGGAUUCUGUUGCAUCUCCCCGAGAUGAGAGCCGAAUCUCACAGUUCUACCCUGCUCGUCCCGCUGGUUUAGGGGGGGAGAUUCUGCCUUGCCGGUGGCUCCCUAGGAUGUAAUUUCUCCCCAGCUUCCACCUUUUGCUCCACCACACGUCCAAAUGGGGUUGUUUAUGGGAUCGUCCUUCCAGCACCGAUCUUUUAUGGGCUAUAAAACACGACUACAGCCUUGUCCAGAUUGAAGUGAGGAGGUUGAUCAACUUAGCGGGCUUAAUCUAAUCAUCACCUCCCGCAAGGCGUUGUUCCUUAGCAGAGGACUUUGUUCUCACGGUUCCUGAGGUCAGGCAGGAGGUAACUGGGUGGAGCGGGGCCAAAGGGAGACCUUUACCUCUGAUUUUAGACAAAGGCUUUUUGGGGCGUUCACCCCUCUCCUGCUGCACCCGUUGUUUCUUCCGCUGGCUGCUGCCUCUGAGCACCGGUGGCGGGAGGGCUGGGUUUGUGCGUGGAGGGAGGUGCAGACACAUUGCAUGAGAUGCUGUUCUUCCCCGCUUGGUCCGCAAAAUGGGGCUAAUCCCAUGUAAACCGCUGAGAUGGGCAGGGGAGGAACGGGAGCGAUCCUGCAUCUCAGCAACUGCUGCCCGGGCUGUUGUCUGUGUCUCAGGAGUACCUCUUGGUCGCUGUGCGGGGUUUGUGCAGCGAGCUCAGUGCAGAGGAGCUGGCUGGGACGUGUUUCUCAUCCCGUGAGUGGAAGGUGCCAAGGCUCGGGACUACAGAGCCAGCCCUGGGACUGCCCGCUCCGUGCAGAUCCUGGGUGCAGGCGAUGAAAACAAGGUGGGAACAGGUGAGGUGUGGCAUUCUCAAUGUUCCUGAGUUAUUUGAACGAACAAAUGGAUUAAUGAAGAGCAACUUUACCUCCCCCCCACUCAGUACAAAUGGAGCGGUUUGGAACAUACUGAGACCUGCCCACGCUCUGCUCGGGCCAUGGGCAAUACAGACUUUUUCAGCCCUGCUUCCACCGUCGCUCGUCUUUUGGGGGUAUAAAAGCCCUCCCUGAAAGCGUUCCUUCGCAUCUCUGCUGUUGUGCUGCUCAGGAAUGGUUGCCACAGUGAGGAUUUGGUGUUGAUUCGCAACAGCUGAGUGGCAACGAAGCCCCUGGAAAGGCCCAGAGGGUCAGGAGAAAGGAACAAGUAGGAAGAGGGUGAAAACGCACGAUCCACUGGACCUUCCCCUCCAGCCCCCCUCACAAAGAAAGGAUUUACAGCUCAACCUUGCGCCAGCUGUUCCUCGGCUUUAACAGUCAAGAGAGAAAUAAAUAAAAUUAAAUGGCCACCGCCAGGCAGCCAGCCUAGAUUCUGGUGAAAUCAGGGAGAGUGCUUCUGCACCGCCUCCGGGGAGGAGGAGGAGGAGGAGGAGGAGGAGGCACGGCGGCGCUGCAAGGAAGCCGGGCAGAUUGCUUGUGAGACAGCGGCCGGAGGGGGCUGUGGAUAUCAGAUUGAAAAGGAGAAGUGGUUUCCCCGAGUGGCUUUUUGCAAGAAGUUUACCGCUCUCUUGCUCUUUCCCAGGGUGCUCGCACGCUACAACGCCUUGCUCCUGUCCCAGCACGGAAAGCUUACCUUCGUGGCUGGUGCAAGCUGCAUGGGGAGCUGCUUUUUGCACGCUCUCAAGGGCUCUCGGCAUUCCUGCCCCAACAGCUGUUUUAAAUCCAAAUCCAGUUCUCUGCGCUGAAUUUUUUAAUGGUUUUAAGUCUCCCUCCCUGCACACCUGAACUCCUGCAGGGCAGAGAGUAGCGUGGACUCCUCAGGGCCUCUCGCUCCGGAGACCGCAGUGGACUUCUGCAGUCGGCCUGCUCUGCUCAGAGCCCUCUCCAGGAGUGACCCGGGAGGCUGGGUCGUGCUUUGGCCCCUUCCCUCUCCCCUGCCCUUCUCGCCUUGCUCUGACUCCAGCUGGGCCUGGGCUAUGCUGCAGGGCAGAUCCCCCACCAGAGCUCCAACAUGCCAGCAGCAUCUGGAAAGAGGUUCAAACCCAGCAAAUACGUUCCGGUCUCGGCUGCUGCCAUCUUCCUAGUGGGAGCCACCACCCUCUUCUUUGCCUUCACGUGCCCUUGGCUCAGCCUCUACGUCUCCCCAGUCAUUCCCAUCUACAAUGCUGUCGUCUUCCUCUUUGUGCUGGCCAACUUCAGCAUGGCCACCUUCAUGGACCCAGGCAUAUUCCCACGAGCUGAGGAAGAUGAGGACAAGGAAGAUGACUUCCGAGCCCCGCUUUAUAAGACAGUGGAGAUCAAGGGCAUCCAGGUGCGCAUGAAAUGGUGUGCAACCUGCCGCUUCUACCGGCCGCCGCGCUGCUCCCACUGCAGCGUCUGCGAUAACUGCGUGGAGGAGUUUGACCAUCACUGCCCCUGGGUGAACAACUGCAUCGGGCGGCGCAAUUACCGUUACUUCUUCCUCUUUUUGCUGUCACUCACUACGCACAUCAUGGGGGUGUUCGGCUUUGGUCUGCUCUACGUUCUCUACCAGGCAGAGCUCUCUGGUGUCCGCAUGGCCGUCACUAUGGCUGUGAUGUGCGUGGCCAGCUUGUUUUUCAUUCCUGUCGCUGGCCUUACUGGGUUCCACGUGGUGCUUGUGGCAAGGGGCCGCACUACCAACGAGCAGGUGACAGGCAAGUUCCGAGGUGGUGUCAACCCCUUCACUAAUGGUUGCUGUAAGAAUGUGAGCCGGGUCCUGUGUAGCUCUCCAGCCCCCAGGUACCUGGGGCGCCCGAGGGCUGAGCAGACAGUGCUGGUGAGACCCCCCUUCCUGCGGCCCGAGGUGUCAGACGGCCAAAUCACUGUCAAGAUCAUGGACAACGGUAUCCAGACAGAGCUGAAGAGGACGAAGUCCAAAGGAAGCCUGGAGGUGACGGAGAGCCAGUCUGCUGAUGCCGAACCGCCACCCCCACCUAAGCCAGACCUCAGCCGCUACACGGGCCUGAGGACACACUUAACCCUGGCCACCAAUGAGGACAGCAGCUUGCUAGGCAAGGACAGCCCCCCGACACCCACCAUGUACAAGUACCGGCCUGGAUACAGCAGCAGCAGCAGCUCAGCUGCCCUGCCCCAUUCCACCAGCGCCAAGCUGAGCCGAGUGAACAGCCUGAAGGAGCCCAACUCCAUCGGCGAGGGCGGCCGCAAGCCCAGCUACCGCUCAGAGCCGAGCCUGGAGCCUGAGAGCUUCCGCUCGCCCACCUUUGGCAAGAGCUUUCCCUUUGACCCGCUGUCCAGUGGCUCCCGCUCCUCCAGCCUCAAGUCAGCCCAGGGCACGGGCUUCGAGCUGGGCCACCUGCAGUCCAUCCGCUCCGAGGGCACCACCUCCACCUCCUACAAGAGCCUGGUGAACCAGACGCGCAACGGGAGCCUGUCGUAUGACAGCCUGCUCACGCCUUCCGACAGCCCCGACUUCGAGUCGGUGCAGGCCGGCCCCGAGCCCGACCCACCCGUGGGCUACACGUCGCCCUUCCUCUCGGCCCGCAUCGCCCAGCAGCGAGAGACCGACCUGCACGGCCGCUUUGCCGCCGCCGUCUCGCCCAAGCACGUGCCACCCCGCGAGCCCUCACCCGUGCGCUAUGACAAUCUCUCCCGCCACAUCGUGGCUUCCAUCCAGGAGCGGGAGAAGCUGCUCCAGCAGCCGCCCGCAGCGGGCAGGGAGGACGAUGCGGGGCUGGCGGACUCGGGCAUCCAGUCGACGCCAGGCUCCAGCAACGCCCCCCGCACCAGCUCUUCCUCGGACGAUUCGAAGCGCUCGCCUCUGGGCAAGAAUCCGCUUACCCGCCCGGCCCCUCCCCGCUUUGGCAAGCCUGAGCCCUCCCACGCGCUGCGGGUGCGCUCCCUGGGCUCCCCUGAGCAGCCCACUGCCCCCCACUUGGGCAAAUCUGUGUCUUACAGCAGCCAAAAACCAGCAGCGUCUCAGGCCAGCGUCCCCGAGACCGAGGAGGUGGCCUUGCAGCCAUUACUGGCACCAAAAGACGAGAUGCAGAUGAGAACAUCCUACAGCAAGUCCAACGGGCAACCCAAGAGCCUGAGCUCGGCCACCCCCGGCUCGGGAUCCGUGCCUGUCAGCAGCCCCACGCGUGGAGGAGUCAAGAAGGUCUCUGGCGUGGGGGGCACCACGUAUGAGAUCUCAGUAUGAGGGGCAGAGCCGCUCGCCCGCUCACCUCCUGGCUGGGCACCCGCUUGCACCAGAGGGCUCCGUGGGCACGGACGCUCUGCAGCCCCCAGCUGACGGGGACGAGGAGAUGGGCCGGAAGCCCCAGGGCUUUUUUUCUCCCUUUUUCCACCCCUCCCUGGGACUCGGGCGCCGACUCACACCCCGGCAGGACUGUGUGGGGCAGGGAUGCUGCCCUGGCCAGGUGUGGGGGCCACGGGGGGGGGGGGGCCGUGUCCUGCAGCCUCGCGCCGUGCCACCGUUGGCCGGGCAGCCACUUGUGGGCCUUGUGCAAUCAAUCGCUCGCCUAGCGUGGUAGGAAUGGAUUGUUUUUAAACCAGAAUAACUUUUUUUUAUUAUUAUUGUUACGGAUUCUAUUUUUUUUCUCUUUCUGAGUUACCAGGUGUGUGUAUAUAUAAAUAUCUAUAUAUAUAAAUAUAAAUAUUAAAAAAAAAAAAAAAGAAAAAAAGCAGAAAUUAUAUAUCUUACCCAGAGAGAGGAAGAAACCACCCAUUCCCCUUCCCCACCCGGGCCACCACCUCACAGGGUCCAGGGCCCCUGUGCUCAAGGGACAAGAAGGGGGAUAUGCUCAGGGGCUCCUGGCACCUGGGGGUCACGGGGUGCCGAUGCCACACUGGGGUCUGGGGGAUCCUGGACGCCCCCCCCCCCCCCCCCCCCCACUAGGUUCUAUCAGGCUGUGCACUCCCCUCCUGGGUGUUUGGAUUUGGAGCCCCUGUGCCUGGCAUCUCCCCAGUGGCUACAGAGGUGGUGCAAAGCAGGCGAUGGCUGGGGGAGCUGCUGGCAUGCAGGAGCAGGUGAGGGCUGCAGCCUUUCUGCACCUGCUGUAUAUUUUGGUUUUAUUUUUUUUAGUGUUUCCCCGGGGUUGUGUUUAAUUUCUUCUUUUUUUUUUUUAAGUGGGUGAUCAGGUUUUCUGGCUGUCACGUGGUUGUUUUUAUUUCCAUUUGGGGAAGAGGAAGGCCAGUGAGGCACAUCCCUGUCAAGCAAUAUUUUCUCAUCACAUGCCAAAAAUGCAGCCAAGGAGCCCAGUGCUGCACCGCCACCCCCAACCCUGCUGGGGAGCCCACCUCGCACCGGGCCCACGCAACUUCACGCACUACUUGACUCUUUCUCUAUGGCAAUAUCUCUCCUGUGGCCUCCGCAGAGCCAUGCCAUCGGUUUUUUUUAUUAUUAUUAGCCAUUUUAAAAACGAGGAAUAAAAGGAUAUUUAAUGAGCCGCUUCA